AUGCAGUACCCUGUGGCACUCCAGACGUCAUCCCUCACUUCCUCGGCACCCGCCUCGCCCGAGCCCCAUACCCCCAUACCCGAGAACGAGCCUAAGGUGAUCAAGAUCACCAACUGCAAGAUCCUCAGAGACCACAAGAUCGUCGAGCACGACGCCAUCUGGAUCCAGGGUGGCAAGAUCAUCGACCCCCACAAGUUCUUCUGGUACCAAAAGCGUCUUCCCGACCAGGUCCUCGACGCUGGCGGACUCUUGGUCGUCCCCGGUUUCAUCGAAGCCCAGAUCAACGGUGCCUUUGGUGUCGAUUUCUCGGUCCCCUCUGACCCCGAGACCUACGAGAAGGAUCUCUUGUUGGUCAACCGUGGUCUGCUCAAGUACGGAACCACCUCUUACUGCCCUACCAUCGUCUCCUCCUCCGCCUCUGUGUACCACAAAGUUCUCUCGCACUUGAAGCCUCGCAAAGGAUCAGCCAAGACAGGUGCCACGAUCCUUGGAGCCCACGUCGAAGGCCCCUUCAUCAACGAGGCCCGUAUUGGAGCCCACGAGUUGAAGGUCUUGCAGGCCUCUGCCAAGAACGGAUAUGCUGAUUUCAAGGACGUCUAUGGUUUUGAGGGCGAGACGCCCGAGGCCCAGAACAAGUUGUCCCAGCAGAACCUGAACUCGGUCAAGAUCAUUACCUGUGCCCCCGAGCUUGAGGGUAUCAUGGAGAGCAUUCCUGACCUCGCCAAGGCCGGCAUCACCAUCUCCGUCGGUCACUCGAUGGCCAACAUCUCGCAGGCCGAAGAAGCCGUCCAAAAGGGCGCAACCUUCAUCACCCACCUCUUUAACGCCAUGCCCCAAUUCCACCACCGCGACCCCGGUGUCAUCGGCCUCCUCGGCUCUCGUUUCGACCUCCCCCGCCCUUACUACGGCCUCAUCUGCGACGGCAUUCACGUUCACCCAAACUCGGUCAAGAUCGCCUACGACUCCCAUCCCGAGGGUGUCAUCCUCGUCACUGACGCAAUGUCCGCCAUGGGCCUCGCCCCCGGAAACUACCAGCUCGGAAACAUGAAUGUUACCAAGGAGGAGGACCGGGUUUAUAUUGAGGGAACCGAUACCCUUGCUGGGUCGGUUAUUACAUUGGACGCUUGCAUCCGUAAUUUCAUUCAAUUCACGUCUUGCAGUUUGAUCGAGGCUCUGGAGGCGGUGACGUUGCACCCGGCAGUAUUGUUGGGGAUCCAGGAGACCAAGGGUGUGAUCAAGCCUGGUGCCGAUGCGGAUUUGGUCUUCUUGUCCGACGAUUUGUUUGUGAAGCGGGUGUUUGUCGCGGGUGAGGAGGUUGAUCUUGACGCCAUUGACGUCCAGGUCACCGAGAAGUUUUAA